AUGGAUGAAGUUAAUGAAACACUUGAUGCCAUCUUUGGUGAUCGUGUUCGUCGUUUUCAAGAGUUCUUAGAUUCAGAGGAAGGUCCAACUGAUUAUAGAGAUGCCAUUAGAGAUUUGUUGGCAAAAGGUGAAAAAAGAUUAACUAUUUCAAUUGAUGAAGUCAGAGAAUUUGAUAAAAGUUCAUGGGAAGGUUUACUUAAUGAACCUGCUGAAUUCUUGCCAGCUUUUGAAAGAGCAUUAAGAGAUAAUGUUACUGCAAUUUAUGACCCUGGUAAUCCAGCUUUUCAAGAGAUUGAUGAUCAAUCACAAUUUUAUCUUUCAUUCAGAGGUGCUUUUGGUCAUCAUUCCGUUUCACCAAGAACUAUUAGAUCACUUCAUUUAUCGAAAUUGAUCUCUGUGGAAGGUAUUGUUACUAGAGCCUCUCUAGUCCGUCCAAAAGUUGUCAGAUCUGUUCAUUAUUGUGAACAUUCAGGAAGAUUCCAUGCUAGAGAAUACAGAGAUCAAACCACAUCAUUCAAUCCAAUAACUACUGCAGCUAUUUACCCAACUGAAGAUCCAGAAGGUUACAAAUUGAUGACUGAGUAUGGUUAUUCAACGUAUAGAGAUCAUCAAACCAUAACAUUACAGGAAAUGCCAGAAAGAGCACCAGCUGGUCAACUACCAAGAUCAUUAGAAAUUAUUUUAGACGAUGAUUUAGUGGAUUCUCUAAAACCUGGUGAUCGUGUCCAAAUUGUUGGUGUUUACAGAUCUUUAGGUGGUGGUGGUAACACAUCAUCUUCUUUCAGAACAGUAGUAUUGGCUAACUCAGUUUACCCACUACAUGCUAGAUCAACUGGUAUCUCAGCAAAAGAACACAUCACAGAUAAUGAUAUUAGAAAUAUCAAUAAAUUAUCUAAAAACAAACAUUUAUUUGAUAGAAUGGCCCAAUCAUUAGCUCCAUCAAUUUAUGGCCAUGAACAUAUCAAGAAAGCUGUGCUACUUAUGUUGUUGGGUGGUGUUGAAAAAAAUUUAGAUAACGGUUCACAUUUAAGAGGUGAUAUCAAUAUAUUAAUGGUUGGUGAUCCAUCUACUGCUAAAUCACAAAUCUUAAGAUUCGUUCUAAACACAGCUGCACUAGCAAUUGCCACUACAGGUAGAGGUUCUUCAGGUGUUGGUUUAACAGCUGCCGUUACUACAGAUAAAGAAACUGGUGAAAGAAGAUUAGAAGCAGGUGCAAUGGUUUUAGCUGAUAGAGGUAUUGUUUGUAUUGAUGAAUUUGAUAAAAUGUCUGAUACUGAUAGGGUUGCCAUUCAUGAAGUUAUGGAACAACAAACUGUUACAAUUUCAAAAGCUGGUAUUCAUACAUCAUUGAAUGCUCGUUGUUCAGUUGUUGCAGCUGCUAAUCCUGUUUAUGGUCAAUAUGACGUUCAUAAGGAACCUCAUAAAAACAUUGCCUUACCAGAUUCUUUACUUUCACGUUUUGAUUUACUCUUUAUUGUUACAGAUGAUGUUAACAUGGAAAGAGACAGAUCCAUUUCUGAGCAUGUUUUGAAAUCCCACAGAUACCAACCUCCAGGCUAUGCUGAAGGUGAACCAAUUAGAGAAAAAGUUAAUUUAUCACUAGCUGUGGGUAAUGAUAAUGCUGAUGGUGAAGAUGAUGAAGAUGAAGAACAACCAGUUUAUGAGAAAUAUAAUCCGUUAUUACAUGCUGGUGCUGAAGCUGCUUUGAAUGUUGAUAAUCAUGGUAGACGUAAAAAACCAAAGAUUGUUGCAAUCCCAUUUGUUAGAAAAUAUAUUCAAUAUGCUAAAAAUCGUGUUGAGCCAGUCUUGACAAAAGGUGCAUCUGAUAAAAUUGUGGAAACUUAUGCAAAUUUGAGAAAUGAUGAUGAAGCUUUAGGUAAGAAAACAUCACCAAUUACUGCACGUACUUUGGAAACUUUGAUUCGUUUAGCAACUGCUCAUGCUAAGCUAAGAUUGAGUAAAUCUGUUUCAAUUGCAGAUGCUGAAGUUGCUGAGCAAUUGUUGAAAUUUGCACUUUUCAAAGAAGUUGUUACAAGAAAGACAAAGAAACAAAGAAAAGAUGAAGCAGAAAACAGUGAAGAAUCAGAUUCUGAAGAGGAACCAAUAGAGGAUGAAGAACCUAAUUAUUCAGAAUUUGGUGCCCCAAGAAGUACAAGAAAUUCACAAAUUAGACAGGUUUCACCAAUCCCAUCAUCACAACCUGGUCAACAACUAAACAUUCAAGAGGAGGGGGAACAACAACAGCAACAGCCUGAAGAAGCUCCAGUUCCAGUUCCUGAAGCACCAAGACCAUUAUCAACAACCCAAGCUCCACAACAAAGACCAACAAUCUCUCCAGAUAGAUUUAAGACCAUCUCACAAAUAAUAGCAUUGAUAACACAAGGUGAAUUAUUUGAUAAUGAAGAAGGUUCAUGCCCUGAAGCAACUGUUUUCGAAGAAGUCAACAAGAGAGUUUCUGAUCAAAAUCAAUUCACUGAAGAUGAAUUCAAGAGUGCGAUGCACCAAUUGGAAAGAAAAAAUCAUGUCUUGUCUGCCGAGGGGAAAAUUUACAAGAUUUGA